AUGGCUUCUGGGGGAAUCCUGCUCGUACAGCCAGAAAGUCUCCUCUCAUUCGAGCUGCUCGGUGUCGACUAUCUUUUGUCCAAAGACUUGGUUCCCCAAGAGCAAGGGGAUGAUCCUGUGCCCGGACAACCCCAGGAGUCGAUGCACGAAACAGGUACGGUGAGGGUGAGAACUCAGCAAUGGCUUUAUCAAAAUGCUAGAGACAUCCUAGACGAGUCGGACGAGAUUCUUAGCGUUAGAUUCGAGCUGAUCUACAUGCUGGGGAUGCAGCAAAAGAUUGAGUUCCUCUCCCGAUCGGUGGGUGAUCAUUCAAAAAGUCCUCGGCAUUUUCUCGGAGACAGCUCAAGACAUUUUGGAGGAGUUUCCUCAGGGCCUCGAGCUCAUCGAAGCAUUUACAGGAGCAUUUCUCUGCACCCGUAUUCUACAGAAGGAGGCUGGCAAAUCUUUUCCUGGGAACUAUGGCCAAAGCACCAUGUCGGUCCGGGCUCACGUCUCUGCCAAUGUGGUGGACCUCCGACUCAGAGGAGCAAACAUUUUCGAAUGUCCCAGGGUGUGAAUGUGUCUUCCGACGGGUGGGUCUCGCCCGAGAGCCGAGUCAAGCAAGACGACGCUGCGGCUCAAAUCUGCAAGUUCAAUAGCAGUCCUAUCGACUUUCUGCGUCUUAUCAUAUCUUUCCGACGGCUUGAUCAGACCUUCUCGAUUUCACACAUGGGCAAGAUAGUCAAUGGUGAGUUGCUCAUGACUAUGGACUUUGAGAAAGACGAUCGUCUUCAGGAAGUUGUUGAUGGCCCAAGGGACGUGGAUGAUGACGAGGAUACCAUUGUGGUCAAGCCAGAACCUGGUGGAAUUGUUAUCCUCCACGGCGACCAUCUCGAGUUGCCGUACCAUAUUCUGCACGCCUCCUCGCUUUCGUCUCCAGCUUCGUUGAAGAGCAAGAGCCUCUGA